GCCCUAUACUCCUAUAUCUAUCCAUUGGCGGGUUCAGCUGCCGUGAGGCGUUCGAGCAAGCGAGACCGCUUUCAUCGCUCGAGUCUUCGUUCUCUCCGGAUUCUCAAGCUAAAAAUGGCUCGUCGAUUUUCCUUCCAGACCUCGUUGGAUGUACGGAUGUACUCAAUUGUUCACUCACCGGUUUCACCGAGUCGGGUUUUUGAAGUGAUCGCCGUGCUGCCCAACAGGACACUCGAUCCAGAGGGCCCCAAAACUGGCCAACAUAGUACCUCGGUUGUUUGCAUUUCGAACGAGGUGCUGUGGACCACUCUUAGACGGACAGUUUCUCAAGAGCGAUCAUCUCGAUGACGAAGAGCAAGGGGAGGAGGAGGAGCUGGAUGAUGAUGAUGAUGAUGCUCAAAGUGGAGAUGAGGUGUUGUGCUCAGUGAAGAGUGAGUCCAUUGUCUUAAGCUGUGGUGUCGUUCUCCGCGGUUGUUCAUGCUCAAGAGAAUGAAUUAUUGGUGGUCAAAUGAAAAACAUACGAGACAGAUGGCUCACUGAUGGCCUCGUCUGGAUCAUAAUGGUAUGGAUAAGCAUCCACUUUCCUCCUUCCUUCUUAGGACGACGUCCUCGAGGCCGACUGAAGAAGAGGAAGAAAGGGAACACGUCUCCUUUUCCGUUUCAAUGGAGUCGUUGGUUGGCUCUUCUUCUCUUCUUUGCUCAGGGUUUCUCGCCCCUUUCUGCUCUCCAACAGUUCUACGGGUUCCCUUCUUCCCAUGGGCGUCACAAUUCCUAUGGAUCCCCACAAUGGAGCCCAUUCCGGACUAGUCGGCCGGCCAAGUUCAAUACGCCAACAAGCCAUCAGCCCCUGUGGGCUCCCAACCAUCAGAGCCAUUGGCCGGGGUCCAGGCAAAUUAUUCAGACACCAAUGGCGUCACGGAAUGCUUUGUGGUUGCCAAAGACCACAAGCCAUUCCAAGGCGUCCAAUCACCAAUUCUCCUCCUCUUGGCUUGAGUGGAAUAAUCCGAAGGCUCAGGGAUCCAAUUGGCAGACCUCGUCAAAGAAAGAACACCAGCAACGGCAGCACCACCAUCAUCAUCAACAACAACAACAACAACAACAACAGCGUCAACAACAAACCCCACCAUUACCUACUCAACAGUGGAGCCACAACUUGGGAUUGACACCAGUGCGAUUCCAAGGCGGGGAUAACGACGACAUCAAUGCAAUUCAGCUUUUGGGUGAACCGGAUAAAGUCAAAGGGAAGGGGCAUCUUCACCACCUUAGUAACAUUAACAGCAAUCAAACAUUAGAGCACGGUAUCAGUCUGGUCCACACCAAACCCGAGCGAGAAAUGCGAACCCUUAUCGUAGAGGGCGAUAUCGCCACAGAUAUUGAAGAAAACUUGUUCCGUUUAGGCAUCCGAUGGGAUCUUUAUCCGAAAAAGCGGUGGCAGAAUAACACCAUUCCCUACAAACUGAGUCAAGAAUACGGCACACGAGAAGUCACCAUGAUCGAAUCAGCUUUGAAAACGUUCCAAUUCUUGAGCUGUUUGCGAUUCGAAGCCUACAACGGAACUCAAACUGAUUACCUGUACAUUCAUCAGUCGAAAACCAGGCCGGGAUGUUGGUCGUACGUGGGUCGGCGAGGCGGGCGUCAGGAUUUAUCCCUUCGUCCCCCAGAUUCGACUUCGUGCCAUUGUCUAUGUGACGUGGGUCGGACCCUGCACGAGGUCAUGCACGCCUUGGGAUUCUACCAUGAGCAUUCCAGACCCGAUCGGGAUCAGUUCAUCCACAUCUUGAGCACCAACGUCAGGAAAGGAAAAUUGUCCAACUUCCGGAAGAAAACUUUCGACACCACGACGGCCGAUUUUGACUACGAUUACGACAGUAUCAUGCACUAUGGACCUUACUUCUUCAGCAAGAGCAAGAAGUCCAGGAAAGUGACGAUUGAGCCGACCAAGUUUGGUGCUAAAAUUGGCCAACGCGUCAUGUUGAGCAAGAUCGAUUGCAUGAAAAUCAACCAGCAAUUCGAAUGCUUUGACGCACAGGACCAUUGGAACAAUCAGCGGAUUCAGAUCCUCUGUGGCAUGCUCGGAUACUCAUUCAAGUGAUGCGUAUCAUCAUCAUCAUCAUCAUCAUUCAUCGCCCGGAAGCCGCCCAAAUCCCGACCAACCUAAAGAUUGACGGGAACAAACAAGUGGUCAUGGCUCACACACAAAUGGUGGUCAAUGGGGUCCAGGGUAAUGGGGGAGUAAUGGGCAAAUGGGAACGCAAUGCUUUGACGUGGAUCAAGAAUAGAAUAAGGCCAAAGGGUCGAGCUUCCGCUCAAGUCUCAAUGGUCUCUCAGAAAGGAGACAAAAAUAAUGCUUUUUUGAUGCCAAGCCCUCCUAGAUGCUCAAUAAAUUUCAUAAUAUUC